UUUGGUGCAAUAUUCGGACUUUUUGACACCUGCCCCACCUAGUAAUGUGCGUCUGGACUUGGUGGCAUCUCCACUUAUGGCACGUUGGGCCUUGGGGCAGGAAGUGCCGGACGAAAGAAGGGUUCCUCUGGCCCCGUCGGAGGCUUCUGGGAGCACAGAGAUGGACGAGGAAGACUCAGCUGGCCGCGAAGCAGGAAGAGGCCCUGGCACCACCACAACUGGAAGCAGUGGUGAAUUCUGGGAAGGAACGGUGCAGGGAAUCCUGGGAGAAGAGACGCCCUGCCCAGAGGUACGGAGCCGGCAUUUCCGGCAGUUCCACUACCAGGAGGCUGAGGGCCCCCGAGAGGUUUGCAGCCGACUCCACGAUCUCUGCCGCCAGUGGCUGAAACCAGAGAGGCGCACGAAGAACCAGAUGCUGGAUCUGGUGAUCCUAGAGCAGUUCCUGGCCGUCCUGCCCUCGGAGAUCGGGAGCUGGGUGAGAGAAUGUGGAGCGGAGACCAGUUCCCAGGCGGUUGACCUGGCAGAAGGUUUCCUCCUCAGCCAGGCAGAGGACAAGAAGCAGGAAGAGGAGCAGGAGCAGGGCCUAUUUGCAGAAUUGAGCGCUGAUUUCUCUGAGGCAGAGAAGGCUCCACUCAGACGCAGUUCGGAGCGAAGAAGGAUCGUUGAGGAGGCUGACGGUGGACCCCCUGUGCAGGAUGUUUUUGGUUGCUGA